CUUUGACUUCCUUGCAUGAUUUGACCAACUUUAUCUAUGGUUCUUUCGUAUGUGUAUUAUGAGAUGAAAUGUCAUCUUUUGUUAGCCAUGAUUGGAGCCUUUGCCGUCAUGGUCGUAGCUCAGAAACAAGAAGGUUUCAUCAGUUUGGAUUGUGGGUUUCCUAUUGAGGAAUCUCCAUAUAGUGAUCCCUCUACUGGAUUAACUUUCACCUCAGACUCCACGUUCAUCCAGACCGGAAAAAGCGCUAGAAUCGAGAAACAGCUAAACCAAAAUUUCCGAAAACCAUAUUUGACACUAAGAUACUUUCCGGAAGGGAAACGUAACUGUUAUAGUCUUAAUGUCAACCGUGGCACAAAUUAUCUCAUCUCGCUUACUUUCAUAUAUGGGAAUUAUGAUGAUCUUAAUGUUUACCCAAACUUUGAUCUGUAUCUCGGUCCUGAUAAGUGGAGAAGAAUAGAUAUGGAAGGAAGAAGUAAUGGUACAAAGGAGGAGAUCAUUCAUAUACCUAGGAAAAACUCUUUGGAUAUUUGUCUUGUUAGAACAGGAACAACCUCGCCAAUAAUAUCAGCCAUAGAACUACGACCACUGAGAAAUGAUACUUAUGUUACACAUUCCGGUUCACUAAGGAGGUCUUUCCGGGUGUAUCUUAGCAAUUCCGAAAGGGAGGUAAGGUUUGCUGAUGACAUGUAUGAUCGUAUUUGGACUCCAUUCUUCAGCUCUAGAUUUACGCAGAUUACAACGAAUCUCAAUAUAAACACCUCAGAUACAUUUGAGGUACCAAAAGCAGCACUUUCGAGUGCUGCUACGCCUAGAAACGCGAGUGCGCCAUUCAUCAUUAGUUGGAAACCCAUACCCUCUGAUGCUGAAGUCUACUUGUAUCUUCACUUUGCGGAGAUACAAACCCUUCAAGCCAACGAGACUAGGGAAUUCGACAUUAUAAUGAAAGGAGUUUUUAAUCAGUCAGGAAUUACGCCUCCUAAGCUUGAGCGACUUACAGUAUUUUCUGCUGUACCACUACAAUGUGACUUGGACGGUUGUCGUUUAGAGCUGGUAAGAACUCCAAAGUCAACUCUUCCACCUCUGAUCAAUGCUCUUGAGGCUUACACUAUUAUCGAAUUCCCACAACUGGAAACAAACUCAAGUGAUGUUGUUGCUAUCAAGAACAUCAAAGCUACUUAUCGUUUGAGUAAAAUCAGUUGGCAAGGAGAUCCAUGUCUCCCUCAAGAAUUAUCUUGGGAAAAUCUUGGAUGCAGUUAUGCUAAUAUCUCCACCCCACCAAGAAUCAUUUCCUUAAACUUGUCAGCAAGUGGGUUAACUGGGAGUAUAUCCCCAAUUUUACAGAAUCUAGCGCACAUACAAGAACUAGACUUAUCCAAUAACAGUUUGACUGGAUCUGUGCCUAAGUUUCUGGCCAACAUCAAAUCAUUAUCUUUGAUGUAA